GCGGCCGCAUGGAAGGACCCCGCGGGGCUGCCUGAGCUAAACGCCCGUUUCCUUCGGAAGGAAAUUUCGGCUGACGAGGCGUUUCGGAGAGGGAGGGCAGCACCCGCUGGCGGCGGGAAGAGGCGGAGGCGCCGUGCGGGCCGGCGGCGCGGGGCGAUGGGCGGGAGCGGACAGGCGGCGGGCAGCCGCGGCGGGGCGGGCGCGGCCAUGGCGCGGUGGCGGGUGCCGGUGGUGGACGUGCAGAGCGACAACUUCAUGGAGCUGUGGCCCUCCAUGGUGCUGGCGCUGCGCACCGCCACCUUCGUCGCCGUGGACACGGAGCUGAGCGGCCUCGGCGCCAGGAAGUCGCUGCUGAGCCCGUGCAUCGAGGAGCGGUACAAGGCCGUCUGCAGCGCGGCCCGGAGCCGCUCCGUCCUGUCCCUCGGCGUCGCCUGUUUCAGGCAGCUCCCCGAGAAGCCCCAGAACACGUACCUCUGCCAGAUCUACAACCUGACGCUCCUCUGCAUGGAGGACUACGUUGUCGAGCCUCAGUCGGUGCAGUUCCUGGUGCAGCACGGCUUUGACUUCAACAAGCAGUAUUCCCAAGGGAUUCCCUACCACAAGGGCAACGACAAGGGUAAUGAGAACCAGAGCCAGAGCGUUCGGGGUUUUUUCCUGGAGCUGAUACGAGCGAAGAAACCUCUCAUUCUCCAUAACGGCCUGAUCGAUCUGGUCUUCCUGUACCAGUGCUUCUAUGCUCACCUCCCAGACAGCCUCGGCACCUUCACCACAGACCUCUCAGAAAUGUUCCCAGCAGGAAUAUACGACACCAAAUAUGCUUCAGAGUUUGAGACUCGCUUUGUAGCAUCCUACCUGGAGUAUGCUUACAAGAAGUGCAAGCGAGAGAACUGCAAGCUGAAGGACUCCAAUGGCCAGCACCUCACCAUUGAGUUCUGCCACUACCCUGCCAACAUGUCCCGUUAUAUCGACUACCGCCACUGCUCUCUGGAAGAAGAAAGCCACAACACGGGACGGGGAAAUAAGGUGCCUGUCUGUGAGAAAUUUUCGGCCUAUGGCUGGUGUCCAAAAGGGGUGAAGUGUCUGCAGUCUCAUAACAUUGACCUCAUAAUUGAUGAGGACGACAAGCUUGGGGAACAGAAGCGGAAGAAACGGAAGCAAAAAUGGAAGCGUCGGAAGAAUACAGAAGAGCCCGCAAAGGUGUUUGAACAGGAAGGCUCAGGGAGAGAAACAGAGCAGGUUCAGAAUGGGGAGGAGGGACCACCACGAAAACAGAGCUGCUAUGAACCUGUAGCUGCUACAGAGCUGGAAGAGAUCACAUGCAACAGUGAGGGCAAAUCACUGGAGGAAAACUCCAUGGAUGCAGAAGCAGAGGUCAGUUCAGACACCAGUGCACAAUGGGAAAAGGACGUGGGGAGCACCGAAGGAGCCGCUGCCCAGGCAGCAGCUGCUGUGAGCCCUUCAGCCGAGGGGAACGCCUCUGACAGUGACCAAGUGGAGGCGAAGCCAGAGGUUCCCACGGGGAUGGGCUCACUCCAUCACCCAGACAUCCCUGAGACUGAAGCAGCAUGUGCCACAGAAAAGGAGAAGGAAACCCAUGGCCCCCCUUCCCAGGGGGGCACACACAGAGCUGGCUUUGAUGCAUUCAUGACUGGCUACAUCAUGGCUUACGUCUGGAUGCUCAAGAAAGGAAAAAACAUGGACAUGGGUGCAGGGCCCUGGUUGCCAGACUGCCAUAAUAAACUGUACCUCAGCGGGAAAUCGGUGCCGCUUCAAAUAGCAAAGAGCUUGUUUUCUAAAUCUUCCAAAGCUCACAGCCAGAAGAUGAAGCUGGCCUGGGCCAGUGGAUAGAGCUAGAGGACUCCUCACUUAACUAAGCUUUUUAUUCCCCUCCAGUUUUAAGUUCUUUAUUCCAUCAAGAACUGACCAGAAGGGGAACAAGUUUCUUACUCUUGGUUUUUUUUUUUUUUUUUAACUUCUGACUGAUUAAAUUGCUGUCAGUGGGAGUUGCCCCUGUUGUUCCUUAGUGGCACGUUGGGCUGUGAAGGUGGGGUGAGGUUGGAAAAGAGGGAGAGAAGUGCACCUCUCCAACAUGGAUUGAGUAGUGUAACACUUCAGUAAGAUAGCAGAGAGAAAUAACACUGAUUAACGGUGAGUUUUCUUUGUUUAUAAUUCAGCAUGGAGCAAUUGCAAAUACAAUCUCAAGCCAGGUAUUAAUGUCAUUCAUAGCUUAAGUAAGCAUUUGAACCAGCUUUUUCAUCCUAGAGUUGUCUGUUAAUGACAAGACUCAGGCCUUGAUUUCAUUUUUAUUUUGAAAGCAAGUUGGGAAAGUUUACAAAACCUGACCAAGAAAAAAAUUAUGAAAAUA